GGGCGGCGCGCAUGCGUGGCGCGGGAGGCGGAGGCGGGGGAAAAUGGCGGACGGCAGAGCUGAGGGGGAGAAGGCGAAGCGGCCGCAGCCCGGAGGAGGACCUGAAGAAGAGGCAGAAAAACCUGUGAAAACUAAGACUGUUUCUUCCAGUAAUGGAGGAGAAAGUUCGAGUCGCAGCGCAGAGAAACGGGCAGCUAAUGAAGAAGCUGAAGACUUCACCACAAAGCCUGCUCCUGCCAAAAUGUCCAAGUUUGGAUUUUCCAUAGGCAGUCAGACAGCAAAGAAGGCAUCUGCAAUAUCCAUCAAACUAGGAGCAAAUAAGCCUAAAGAGCCUGUUCCAACCCUUGCUCCAAAAACUCUUUCCGUAGCAGCAGCUUUCAAUGAAGAUGAAGAUAGUGAACCAGAAGAAAUGCCUCCAGAAGCCAAGAUGCGCAUGAAGAACAUUGGAAGGGAUACACCAACCUCAGCAGGACCAAAUUCCUUCAAUAAAGGAAAGCAUGGUUUUUCUGACAACCAGAAGCUCUGGGAACGAAAUAUAAAAUCUCAUCUUGGAAAUGUCCAUGACCAAGAAAAUAACUAAAUGAUGUGGAUUGAGAGUUGGGUGUUUGGGGGGAGGGGAGGGUGUAACGUUAAAGGAACAGUUUCCUUUUUUAAGAAUGGUGUAAGACUAUCUUUGGAGCCACUUUUUUAAGAUUUUGAGUGGUACACUAAUAACUGAGUUUGAAAUUAGAGGUAAUUUAUGUUUUGUAUACAGAUUUCAAGGCAUUUGCUAAUUUUGUAGUUCCAUGUGAUUAGUUUCAAAAGGUUACAGAUAAUAAAGAAAUUGGAGUGGUACCUUUUUAAGAUUUUUUUUUUUUGGUCAGUGAUUAAUUAAGGUGGAUGAAAAAGGUUACUGUCUCUUUAAUCAGGUUAACAUUGAAUGCUCUCGCAUUCUCACUUCUGGCUCCCUCUGUGUAACAGGAGAAACAGUUGACUCCUAGGAAUACUGCUAAAGAAAAUGAGCAUUGUCUUGUGCUAGAAGUGUGACUGGACUAUUCAUUUGAAUAUAAACUUAUGCAGGAAAUAAUAAGAACCUGGAUAUUUUUUUUUUCUCCCUGCAGUCAUGUUUUGUUAAGUCUCUGCAAACUAGGAAUUACACUGCUCUGAGUGGCUCUGGUAACUUAGCUCUGAUUUUGUUUAAAACUUCAUGUAGGAUGUGUAACCUUCUGUGGCCUGUUUCAUCCUAAGGAAAUGGGCCUUGUCUGUAUAUUAGAUACAGUCUGUAAAGAAUAUUCACUACAAAGGUAAAUCAAUAUUUUCAGUGUGCUCCUCUUAAAUCAUUAGCCUUGAGUAGUGCUUGUUAGCAUUUCCUUGUGGUACACAAAAGCCACCACCAAAAAGACAAGCUGAUGUACAUUAAGCUUCACAUUUGGUUGAAAUACUUUUCUUUACUAUGCCUAGAAGGAAUAAAAGCCACACCAAAAAUCGGUAACUCACUGCUUAAGUGUGAAAAAUGUAAGAUGCACUUUCCCUGUCUUGUCAUUUAAAACAAAAUGCCUUGAUGCCUGUGACCUCAGUGGACACUAUCAGGUUAAAGAAGAAUCCUAUAUUUUCAGUCCUAAUGCUUCUAACAAGAGUCAACUUCAGAAAUAAAACUCGACCUUUUCUUACCUGUCUGCCUCUUGCUGUAAUUUUCAGCAAGGACAUUAGUCAGGUCAGUUUAAUUUCCUCACUUUCAUACUGCAGAACAGUGCUGUAGGAUUUCAAACCUAGUAAGGACUGUUUAAAUUUCAGUCUAAUUCAGAUUGUAUAUUUUUAAAAGAUUUUACUAGCAGAACUGGUUAAACAAAAAGUUAUCAUCAACAGUAACACACACCCCACACACCCUCAGACCAAACAUAAGGUUCUUUUUAAACUCAGAUACCUGAUAGUGUCAACCACUAAAUUAACUUCAGCCUGGAACAGGUUGUAGAAUUCAGUAUGUUAAUUGUUUUCAUCCUGCCUCUAAAACCUUUCUUUAUGCUAAAGUUGAACCUGCAAGUGCAGAAAGGAAAGUGCAUCUUUAAGUGUUUUUUUUUAUUAUUUUAUUUUAGGAAAGCUCUGACCACUUAGACUUUUGAGUUUGUAAGUUCUAAGAAAUAUUUUUUUGUAUUUUUGUAUUGUAUGUGUAAUCUUUUUUCUUUUGAAGUCUGAUGCAGUUGAAUACCUGUAACUAUUUUCUUUCAAAGCCUUGUUAUAAACAUAACAUAAAAAUGUAUACAUUAUUUUUUUUCCAUAGCAGAAAUCUUUGGGUUAUUUAAAACAAAACACACUUUCAAAACAGACAUUCAGGACUUCCAAAACUGAUUUGGGCAUUACUGGAACUAGGCAAGGCAAAAUGAAGCAUUUACUUUUCACUUAUUUUCAUCACAUGUGGUUAUGUUUCUUGAAAUAAAUCCCUUUAAGAUAGUGGUAAUUCACAGUGAAUAACUAUUUUAUCUUGCUCCUUAGUAGUUGAUACUAUCUUGGUCAUUUGUAUUAAGAAGAAGCAAAAGGGAACUUGGAGUAAGAGGAUGACUUUGAGACCUAUUCUUUUUUAGUUAACCUGCCACCAGCAAUGUCUUCCACAUCUUUGGCUCAAGUAGACAAUCAUUUCAACAGGAUUUCCUGGUACUUGAAAAUCCUUUAGGAAAUUGCUAGGCAGAACAGCAGACACACUAGGAUUUACCCUCCAUGCAAGUCAGAGAGCAGAAGUUGUAUUUCUCUAACACCUGUGGUCAGUAAAUAUAAUCCUAGCUGUUAUGAGAGACUGCAGCAGCUUCUAGCUCUCAGCUGAAGGUGAGCAGAGAUCCUGCCUCACGAGAUGUACGAGUUCUGUUCCUUCUCAGUGCUUCACAGAAGAAAAUUGAUCAGGAUGGCCUAAAUCCUCUCGGGACUGAGUGCCUAACAGGCUUGAUCUUGUAGCUGCAAGGGUGUCUGCUGGUGUUUAGUGUCGCUUACAGGAAAGAUCUGAAAAGCAUCAUCAAGGCAAAUUGUAUUGGGUCUGGCUGAGGCGGAGUUAAUUUCCCCACAGCAGCCCUCGCAGCGCUGUGCUGCGUACGGGCACCAGCAAGGUGUUGGUAACACACCGGUGUUUUGGGUGCUGCCGAGCAGUGCUGGCACAGCACCACGGCUGUGUCUCUGCAACAGCCCCCUCACCAGCAGGCUGGGGGUGGACAAGGUCUUGGGAGGGGACACAGCCAGGAGAGCUGACCCCAGCUGACCACAGGGAUAUUCCAUACCAUAGGAUGUCUGCUUAGCAAUAAAAAGCUGAGAGGAAGGAAGAGGAAGUGGGGGUGUUUGUUAUUUAUGAUGUUUGUCUUAUGGGAAGUGGCUGGACAUUGCCUACUGAUGGGAAGUAGAGAAUAAAUAUUUUGUUUUUCUUUGCUUCUGUGCACAACCUUUGCUUUUGCUUUAUUAAACUGCCUUUACCUUGACCCAUGAGGUUUUUUCCAUCUUAUUUUCUCCCCCUCCCUGUCCAGCUGAGGAGGUGAGCAGUAGAGCAGCCUGGUGGGCACCUGGUGUCCAGCCAGGGUCAACCCACCACAGAAAUGUUAGCUGGAACUUCACUUGACGUUUUAGGCUUUUGUUAGAAUAGUCAUUGUCUUUGCUUGAAGGUAGUCCUGGUGUGUGUGUGUGUUAUUUUUUUGUUCUUUUUCAGGAAUCCUAAAGCUCCUGGUAAACUACCUGAUUUAGCAAUCUUAAGUGCUUCCAGGAUAUAUGCUGAGACCUUUAGCUGCUUAGUAUAGCAAGGUAUGUAUACCUAUCAGUGCUUGGAAUGUAUCCAUGUAACUCAUGCAGUUUUAUCUCAGAAGGCUUAUGCUUGCUUAGCAGCAAAGCUUUACUUAGCAUCUGAGCAGCCUGCAAAACAUUCAAGACAUUAGGUGAAGAUGUAACUAGUUACCCCGUAACCUUCUCCGUGCCACGCUGCAGCUAGGCCCCUUUUGAGCCUGUUGGUUGUGAAUGGAUCCAAACUCAUCUAAUACUAACUAUAGUCAUAGUUAAUAUAAAUAUAAAAUAGAAAUAAUUAAAAAGCCCCAAACAAACAAACAGCAAAACAGUCAGUUACUGGUGGAAGUGAUUCAAGCACCACUGGUGUAGCCCCUUUCACACCUAAUUCCAUUCUAUUAAAAGCAUAGGCGGUGCGCUGUGCAAAUGCACUGUGCAAAUGCUCAGAAUCUAUUUUAUCAGCAGCAAGAAGCAGCCUGUCUGUGAGGUAACUGAUGGAUGCUACUUUAAGUUCAUGGGCUUACUCCCAUGACCUAACUACAGUAUUCAGCCAACUUUGACAAAACCUACUACUGUGUCCUAACGUGACUGCCACGGCAGGAGCCACAGCUGCAUUCAGGCCUAAUCUCUGUGUCUGCCAGAAUUGUUGAGCACCUCCUUGUCAGAACUCGCGUGACUAUGCCGACUUCUGUCUGCUGGGGGUGACUUUACCAAAGCUUUUGUGCUGAGACUUGGAGGAAAAGUCAGCUUGUGAGAAAACGGCUGCUUCUGCUUCUUGAAGAGACAAACUGAGGCUUUAAACUAUUGGAAAUCACAGGUGUAACUAGAACUUUUUCUAGGCUGCCAUAAGAUAAGAAAUCUGUUUGGAGAAGCAACAGAACUUCAAGAAGGCUUUUUCUCUGUCUAGUUAGUAGCUUUAAAAGGUGUUCUGCAAAAUGAGGUUGGGUUUUUUUAAAUUCACUAUAAAAUUAUAAAUUGAGGAAUGCUGAGUAGUUCUGCCCUUAAGCUACAGAAGGGAAGGUUACAUUCUAAAGUCAUCAUGAUCUGUCUAGUUCCUCUGCCAAGAGACACUGGAACACCAUAAAAAUUGGACAAUUAACAAUUUGCUUUUUACUUUAUCCUGUUGAUACCUUCAUUAUUUCUUUUGCUUUUAUUAACAAAGGGAUCUCCUACUGUUCUCUAAUUUUGAUAUAUUGGCAUCUUAAAAGCUGCGUAGUGCUUACUUAGGAAAGCUGCUUGUGUUUAAUGAUGGGGAGCCAUUGCCUCAGGGUAGAUGCGUACUUAUCCAUUGACUUAAAAGCAUGAAACGUGAACUGUUACACUUGAACUCUGUAUAGAGCGUGUUAAAUUUCUGUUUAUGGACUUCCAUUUAUAAGUCUGGAGCGGUGGGAGUCCAAGUAAGAUUUAGUUACCAAAGCAAGCCUUUAAACUCUACAGUGCACACUUUUUGUGGUGUAGAUAGAUACAUGCCAGCUACCCUUUAGGCAUGGUAGAGUAGGUAGGAGUGGCGGUGACUGUCACAGCGUGCAGGUAGAGUGUAUAUUUCUUCAUCCAGUGGUAUAGAGCAAGAUCUUAAAAACCUUUGCUGAUCUUGUGACUUAGUUCUUAAAUGUGGUUUUUGGGAUUGGGUUUCGUGAUGAGACAGAUGUGCAAAUUGUGGUUCUGUAGCAGGAGCUCUACUGAAACUUCACGUCAUGAGCCUAUGCUUGUAGUACAAGUGUAUUAACUUAAGGUAAUGUAAGUCAUAAUAAAAAUGUAAUUAUCUCUCCUUUUC